AUGUCUUUCGGUUUAGGCGGCACCCGCGUGGAUGCAAAACGUGCCAUUGGGAUUGAUCGGUCAAGAGCAUUCGCUCAUGGUCAGCCGUAUGGUUUCAACAUCAGCAAGAUGUCAAUUUACUUACUUUUCCGCUUUGUCGCUUGUGGACCGCAAGUGCCAACACUGAUAAAGGGAGUAAGAAGUAGUUCCCGCACCAGGAUUUGCUUCGAGGUCGGCGCCCGUUUUAUCGGACCCAUUGAAGGUUGGGGCCCUCUGAGUGACCUUGACACCUUCUUUCUAGGAGAGUCAAGCCCCGAUGACUCGGAGGAACUACCGCCUAUACUUCGCAAACGUCUGCCAUACAGCGCAUCGGCCGUCAAAGAGGAAUUUGCGGAGGCCCAGAAGGUCAGCUGGAUCAAGAUGUGGACGGCCUCCCCACGCUUCGCAAGAUUUCAGCACGUCGACACGGCCUUCCCGUUCAACAAGUACCGAAAGACCGUCAUAGCACUCUCCAGAGCACAGUCGAGCCUGCUCUUCCAACUCCGGACAGGGCAUAUCCCACUCAACAGCUACCUUCACCGCAUCAAGAAGUCAGUCACCAGGCGCUAUGCGAGUUGCUGGGAUGCCGGACGUGGAUCGAUACUAGUUGAGACGGCCCCAUACACUACCUAUUCGAGUGAACGUCUCUUUACAGCUCAAGACAAGACAGUCGAGUUGGCUCCGGCCAGCGGGUUCGCCCACACAAUUCACCCCCAUUCUUUAUCCGCUUCACAGUCUGUGGACCUCAAGCGCAAGACUCCUCACUGGCACAACAGCACACACGCUAUUAUGCGACCACCGUUACAAGCAACACACGUUAUACAACAAACACACAAAACUUCUAUUACGCACGUCCCUACAUUGACUGUACCUAUCCUCGCGAUUGGGUACUUGGAAGACGAAACUUACCUCCAGACGGAUUACGAAAACCAGCGGAACGAUAGGACUACCCUGCCCACAUACUAG